AUGGAAGCUCUCUUUACUUCUGCUGCAUACACCAUCCCCAAUUUACCGGAGACAAAACCUCUCCUCAAAUCUACCCUACUCGCUUCGUCCCAGUCUUCGUGUUGGUUCUGUAAUUCACCAGCCAAGCGAGUCACGAAGCUGAGAAUCAGGGACGGAUCAAGUCAUGGACUUCGAAUACAAGCUCUCUUACGCAACGAGUCACCAAGUGAAGGCGAAGAUAGUAUGCCUGAAAGUAGUGGGUUUAGCUUUUUUCCUGGUGAUAUCUUCUCUUUGUCAGAGGAAAAGCUUGGGAGUAAUCACAAUGGUAUAAUCGAUGUGGAAACAUCUCUUGCACAUCCUCAGGGUGCUGGGAAUAGUGGAGGAAAUCGAGGUGGGCUUUUUAGAACUCCAAUAUCUGGUGGAGUUCAAAAUGCAACAUCAGCUCAUGCGUUACCUCGGCCUGCUUUAGCUGUACGGAACUUGUUGGAGCAGGCUAGGUUUGCUCAUCUAUGCACAAUGAUGUCGAGAAUGCACCACCGUAGGGAAGGGUAUCCGUUUGGCUCUUUGGUGGAUUUUGCACCUGAUCGGAUGGGGCAUCCAAUCUUUUUAUUUUCACCGUUGGCCAUCCACACACGAAAUCUCUUGGCUGAACCUAGAUGCAGCCUCGUUGUCCAGAUACCCGGAUGGAGUGGCUUAUCAAAUGCAAGAGUGACAUUAUUUGGUGAUGUGUACCCAUUGUCAGAAGAUGAACAGGAGUGGGCUCAUAAGCAAUAUAUUGCAAAGCACCAGCACGGUCCUUCCGAGCAGUGGGGAAACUUUCACUAUUUUAGAAUGCAGAACAUAAGUGAUAUAUAUUUCAUUGGAGGCUUUGGUACCGUCGCUUGGGUUGAUGUCAAAGAGUAUGAGGCUUUACAGCCAGAUAAGAUUGCUGUUGAUGGCGGUGAGAAGAACCUCAAGGAACUAAAUGCCAUUUUCUCGAAGCCGCUUAGAGAGCUACUGUCUACCGAGUCAGAGGUGGACGACGCUGCUCUAAUUUCUAUAGAUAGCAAAGGGAUAGAUGUACGGGUUCGUCAAGGUGCUCAGUUCAGCAUACAAAGGCUAGCGUUUGAGGAAGGUCAUGGUGUUGAAACGCUAGAAGAAGCUAAAUCUGCACUAUGGAAAGUGAUAGAGAAGGUCAAGCUAAACUAUAUCCAGAAAUGA